GUGGGGGCCCGCUGGGGCAGUAAAAGGGUGCCGGACGCAGCCGAUCCGGUGAAGGAGAGGAGACCGAGGUGACUGGGAGAGGCAGCAUUGGGAGAGAAGGAGGGGGCAGUGGAAGUGACACAUGAGGGGGUAAUUAAUUGGAAGACCACUGAGGUAGGCGGUAUCGGGUGCGACAUCUAAAGAGGGUUACCUGGCUGGCGCCUUGUUCAGAGCUUAUCUUCUGCUAGAGCAAGAAUUAUGUCAUGGAUCAAGGAAGGAGAGCUGACAUUUUGGGAGUGGCUCUGUGCCAGCAUCAUAAAGGCGGGGCCAAUGCCCAAACACAUUGCGUUUAUAAUGGAUGGAAACCGCCGCUAUGCCAGAAAGUGCCAAGUGGAACGGCAGGAGGGCCACUCACAGGGCUUCAACAAGCUGGCUGAGACUCUGCGCUGGUGUUUGAACCUGGGCAUCCUAGAGGUGACGGUCUACGCGUUCAGCAUUGAGAACUUCAAACGCUCCAAGAGUGAGGUAGACGGGCUCAUGGAUCUGGCCCGGCAGAAGUUCACACGCUUGAUGGAAGAACAGGACAAACUGCAGAAGCACGGGGUGUGUAUCCGCGUCCUGGGUGAUCUCCAUUUGCUGCCCUUGGAUCUGCAGGAGCUGAUUGCCCAAGCUGUGCGGGCCACCAAGAACUAUAACAAGUGUUUUCUGAAUGUCUGCUUCGCGUACACGUCCCGUCACGAGAUCAGCAACGCCGUGAGGGAGAUGGCUUGGGGAGUGGAACAAGGCCUGCUGGAGCCAAGUGACGUCUCUGAGUCUCUGUUGGAUAAGUGCCUCUACACCAACCACUCUCCUCACCCUGACAUCUUGAUCCGAACUUCUGGGGAAGUGAGGCUCAGUGACUUCCUGCUCUGGCAAACCUCCCACUCCUGCCUGGUGUUCCAACCCAUUCUGUGGCCAGAAUACACAUUUUGGAACCUCUGUGAGGCCAUCCUGCAGUUCCAGAUGAACCAUAGCAUGCUUCAGAAGGCCCGAGACACGUAUGCAGAGGAGCGGAAGAGGCAGCAGCUGGAGAGGGACCAGGCUGCAGUGACAGAGCAGCUGCUGCAAGAGGGGCUCCCGGCCAGUGGGGACGCCCAGCUCCGACGGACGCGCUUGUACAGACUCUUGGCCAAACGGGAAGAGCGGGUCCAGGGCUUCCUGAAGGCUUUGGAACUCAAGCGGGCUGACUGGCUGGCACGUCUGGGCACUGCAUCAGCCUGAGAGCGGCUGGCCUCCUGCCACUUUGCCCUGCCUUCUGCCUCCAGGGCUCCGCUCCCCUUUCUUUUCUUGGUGAAAGGCAACUCCUUCCUGCUGAUGAAUUGUGUUCCCUUUGCUUGGCAGGGGAGCCCUGGAGGCCAGAUCUGCUGGCCAUGGAUACCUCUGGGCUGCCUGGGGCCGCGGGGAGGCGCCUGGGGAGGGUUGAGGAUGACUCUCCCACAUGUACAGUAAUCCCGGCCUGGCCGCAGUAGGUUUGGAGAGCUGGGGGCCCUAACUCUUCUGGUGCCUGCUCCUUCUGCCUUUGCCACCACAGCCUGUGCUUCUGGAUAUACUUUCUUUUUCCACCAGCACAUCCUUUAACGCCGAAUUGCAGGGAAUUUAGGUUUCCCCCAACCCAUCCAUCUUAGCCUCCCAUCCGACUUUCACAAAAGAUUUGGCUCCACCUUGGAUCUGCUGGUAAAUAGCUAAUAGGCAGCCAGCGUUAUUUGGGCAAGGAAGGGGAGGGAGAGACAGAAAGAAAAUUUGCCCAUCUGCUGCUCCUCCCCCUUGGCUCUCCACCUGGGAUUUGCUAUUGAAUCUCAACCCCCUCCCACCACACAGUGCUGAUUGCUCACUGAAAGGCUCAGCGCCCCCAAUGGCGCGCGGAAGCCAGGCGGGUGAUUACAAUCCAAUUACCUAUUGUCGACUCAGCCCACACAAGCUUUUCUCCUCCUCUUGCAGGGCUUGGGGCCAGGCUCCACUCCCCCGUGAGACCGGCCCCUCCAUGGCUACGGGGCAACAGAAGGGCCUGGAGGCCCUGGUGGAUCUAAUCCAGUACAGGCCUCCUCCUCUGUAACAUCAGGACCAAGAGCACAGCAGCCAGCACUUAAUCCCAGUGUCUGUCUUCUGCACUCACCAUCUCAAACUCCUUCCUACCCCCUCAAUCUUUAGGGCUUCUCUCAGCUUUUUUGACCUGGCCCUCUAAGUAGGCCCCGAGAGGAUUCAUUCUCAGCAUGGCAGAAGUCUCUGCUUGUGAGGGCCAGGACUGGCCAGCAGGAAGGAGGAGGCAGUCAAGGGUCAUGUCCUUCCCCUGCCAGGCUUCCUGCAGAGCUGCUGAGAGGAUUAGUGCCUUUGAAGAGCUCUCUGUCAGACAGCUCCAAGUUUCAGGUGCCCCAGAGCAGCGAGCACCAGCCAGGUGUCCCACUACCACUUCAUGGUCCCAUUUUCUGCACUUUCCCUAGCACCUCCCUCUAGGGGAGAAGUAGGGUCAUGCAAGCAGUGCUGAGAGCUUACCCUUCAAGCCCCUCACUUUCCUAUGCUCCAGCCUCCCCCUUUCUGUGCCUGGCUGCCUGGCACAAGAGAGCCCCUCGGCCAUCAUUCCUACUCCCAGAGUCAAGCAUGAAUGCCAGCCAGUGCAAUUGAGAAGCUGAUCCGUGCACCCUUUGGCAAGGCACCCCCCCCCCCCGCACACACCUGGCACUCCCCACUACCAAUCCCUGGCACGGGGUUCCCAGAGAGCAGGUGCUGUACAUUUUCCAGCUUUACAAUGGGACUGUUGACAGCCUUAAUUAGGGAGGCAUGAAUUAUGCGGCCAUAACGCAGAGACCUACAAUUAAGGCGGGAAUGAGGGGCUGGAGGCAGCAAACGGAAUCUACGCUGAGCAAGGCUGUUGAGCCCUGUCUCAUUCUGUGUCUGACUUUCCCUAAUAUGAUUGGGGCAUAGCAGAGGUGAUUAAUAGGACUGGUAUCUCUUUUUGGCCCAAGAUGCAAUAUUCUGGGAAAGGUAGACAGAAUGGGGUGGGUGCGGCUGCUCUGCCCCAGGAGAGACCAGAAGAGGGCAGAAAGGAGAAGAGGCAAAGGGGCCACCACUGCCCAGGGGCAGGGCCUGCAAAUAACUUAUUUGAACUCAGUCUGGUUGCUUUCUACUGAUGUUUUGUACAGUCCCACUUCAACCCUUGCCUCAAGAAGCUAGGUGUAUUUAAAUGUCCUCCCACCUGGGAGCCACACCCCCACUUGAGGAUAUUUAUCAUGUUCUUGUGUUCUCCUGGGUGUCAAAUAGAAUUUUUAAAAC